AUGAUCAUACUGUACAAGGGUCCGCCUUCUGUUGUUUUACGUCAGCUUCUCUUCAAGACCUUCUUCUUCGUUCCCAUUCUCUUUUAUGUUACCGCUGCAAAUGAACAAUUUUCAGCUUGCAAGCCUUUUAGCUGCGGAAACGUCAUCAGUCUGAGCUUCCCUUUCUGGGUCGACUCACUGCCUGCUUAUUGUGGUCAUCCUAAGUUCAAGCUUCAUUGUGACGGAGACAAUGUUACUAUCAACAUUAAUUCCCAGACUUUUAGGGUAAUCCAUGUUAACUCCGCUGCUAGAACUCUUACGAUUGCAAGAAUGGAUUUGUGGGGUACCAAGUGUUCCAAUCAGUUCACAAACAUCACGUUGGAUUAUUCUUUCUUUGACUACACUCCCAAUGAUGAAAAAUCUACUCUAUUAUACGGCUGCCACCCUUCAAGCAAUGCCACUCUGAAUUCAUCAACUGCUGUGAGAUUUGAUUGCCCCUUACAUGGUAUUCCUCGUGAAGCAUACUUUUUGUGGACCAACAAUUGGACCAGGACUGGUCUGGGGUGUAGAACUAGCAUCACUGUUCCUGUUCUGGGUGUGGCACUGAGAAGUUUCAUAGAUCCUGGUGAUGUUAUAGAUCAAGGUUUUGGGGUUAAAUGGGAACUGAAAGGAGGGUGGUGUGAUGAUUGCAGAAUUUCAGGUGGAAGAUGCGGUUACAACGUAAGUCUGGAUGAAUUUACAUGUUUCUGUCCCGAUGGGGUUUGUUUUGCUGAUCGAUUAGAAGAAGAAGCAGCGCCAGCACCCUGGCCGGAACCAAGGCCUUCUCGUUCUUCAGGAUCAUCAACAGAGGGUAUGUGUUCUUUUUCCCAUAGCUUCUAGUUUUGAUUAGAUUCCUCUGCUU